AUGUCGGACGAGGUCAAGCUUGACGCCUACCAAAUAGAUGGCUAUACGGCCCCGAGUCGCUGUGAAACGUGCAAUCAUCCCCUGCCUGACGAACCAUCGAGACGCAAACAUAUGAAAGAAACCAGUCACCGUUUGUGCAGCGCCUGCGAUAAAUAUGUCCCACUGGGUGGAUUUUAUGGGCAUGUCUGUAUGGAACAUCCAGAGGAGGCUAUAUUUGAGCACAUGGCGGCCUGGACGGACAGGAAGGACGAUGAAAGGGCACAGCUAUGGACGAGGAAGAAGAAUUAA